AGCCUAUUUAUUUACAUUAAUUACUGACAGAUCUGUUUUCCUUGUCAUGCUUUAGUUAUUUGUUUCCAUAAACAUCUGAUUUUCCUUCAAUUCAGACUAGCAGUGAUAACGAUGUAUUUUUAUUAUUAACAUGCAUUCGAUAAUUCCACAAGCUGAUAACGUCAAGUGACUAAUUACUGCCUUAAAAAUCAAUUUUGACUGAUCAACUGUCAAAUUAGUUUUAAAAAUUGCCUGCGAAUCGCAUUUCGAUGAAAAGGGUAAAGAAUGUGAUUCAGAAUCCACUUGACUAAAGACUAAUAUGCAGCAGGUGCUACAUCACAUACCCUAUAUAUAAAAAAAUACCUUUAGAAAGAAAAAAAAAUCUUUUUCAACAUUUUCAUUUCUAGUAAAAUUAAUUAAGUCAAAUGGCUUCUUUACCAUUGCCGCCACGCAAACAAAGCCGUAACUUUACAUUUAGCCAAACAUCCAAUAAAAUUCACAAACAUACACGAAUUAGGGAAUAUAUUCUAUAUUGUUGUCCAACAAAUCACUUCCAAAAAGGACUUGAAAAUUUCUGGUCGCAGGCAACAGAACUGUUUAAUGGAAGUGCUCACAAUUAUUCAAUUCCGCACAUAACACUCGUGUCCUUCUUUAAAGCACACGAAGACGUCAACUUUCUUGACACAUUAAAAACAUUGGCUGAAGAUGGAAAAUACUUAAAUCGACCAAUGCAAUUGGAACUCUAUAAAAGUUCAAAUUUUAUGGGGUUCUUUGUGAAUGAGGACGAUGCUAAUGUUCUGAAAAGGAUAGCACUCAAAUUUGUGAAGGAAAUUCAGGAUUCAAUAAUUAGUGAUACAAUAGACGGGAUUGACCAUCUUAUUGCUUGCUUUCCUUACUGUGCCAGUGCAGUAAAUGAUAAAACCUCUUCUCGGUGCAUCCCAAAAAGUUCAAGAUCAAUAUCAUUGGAACCGCACGUUAAGAACCUCCAUUUAACACUUGCGUAUCAAUUUCCAACAAAUGUUUACCAAAACUUGGCUGAAUUGGUAGAACAAAUCGAUACCUCGUAUGCGAAUAGUUGGGAAUUGAGGCUGUAUUCAAGAGAUCCACGAUUAGCAACAAAGCAAGUCCAUAAAGUCAUUUAUUCACAUUCAUCACGUGAACAUGACGAGUUGGAAUUAAGAGUUGGAGAUUACGUGUACAUUAGUGGCGAUGCUAUACAAAAUUCAAUUGAUGGCUGGGUUGAAGGAAUCAGUUGUAAUGGAAAUGUUGGAUUUUUGCCAUUAAAUCAUACUGAAAGAACAUCAGAAACAAAUGUAUGGACUUUGAAUGCAACUGUUCCAUUAUGUCAAGCGUCUGAUAAUAAUGAAAUUUCAACCGAUGCAAUUGACGGGAUUGUACAGUCGCAUAGCUUGAGAGAGGAUUUCUAUAUCAACGAAAAUCGAUUCAGUCAGACUUCAAAAAUGGAUGAAAAUGUGACAUCGAAUUUGACAAGACGAGGAAGACGACGAAUAUUGAUUCUAAGGCAUGGAGAGCGUGUGGAUUUUGCUUUUGGCAACACGUGGACUCAAUUUAGUUUCAAUGAUUCACAAAAUUACGUACGAAUGGAUUUAAACAUGCCAGAAACUUUACCACCAAGAAUAACUGAAGACUGGGAAAAGGAUUCACCUUUAACAACAAUUGGAAGCUUUCAAUGUCACCAAGUUGGACAAUCGUUGAAGAAUUUUGGAGUAAAUUUUUCAAAAGUUUAUGUCUCACCAUCUUAUAGAUGUGUCCAAACAGCAAGUGAGGUUUUAAGUGCUAUGGAUGCUUACGAUGUCCCAUUAAAUGUUGAGUAUGGAUUAUUCGAGUGGUGUCUUUGGUAUGAGCUUGGAUUGCCACAAUUCUUAACCGAAAAGGAACUUGGUGUAAUUUUCAAUAUUAAUGAGGAGUACAUCCCAUUCAUGAAGAAGGAUGAUUUGGAAGAAAUAAUGAAGGAAUCACUUGAAGAUUUUUACAGUAGAAGUCUAUCAACAAUGAGGAAAAUUCUUAGUAAUACUGAAGAUGGUGAUAUAUUGAUUGUGGCUCAUGCCAUUUCUAUAGAAACUUUGUGCCGUGAAUUAGUUGGCAAGGAACAAAGAAGUCGAGCUGAAUUAAGAAACUUAUUAAUGCGAAUUCCUUACCUUGCAACGGUUGCAAUAUCCGAAACAGAUGAUCAUAAUUACCAAUUAAUUGAGCCUCCGUGCCUAACACUUACACACAAUUCAUGUUCAAAAUUCGAUUGGCGAAUACUUGAUGAUAAUUAAGCUUCUUUUUUAUCAUUUUUGAUUCUCGCUUUAACUCGAUUACUGUCAAAACAAAUAAGCUCCUAAUUUUUCUAUUUAAUAAAGAUUGUUACCGUCAAAACUUGUGAGAUUUUUUCACAUUCUUUUCUCCCUUGAUUAUUUCAAAUUAAUUAAAAAUGAAACUUGAAUAAAAGUUGUUGAGA